CCGAGCUCAGUCUUAACACGUGCUCCAUAGCAGCCGGUAGCGAAAACGUGAGUGGGAAACCCGCACUCAUUCCUUGUUCCCGGACUCGAUUUAAAACAGUGAAAUAUUCGGACUAUUAAUAUUGUGUUGGUUUCAUAAUAUACGCAAUCGCCAGGGCAUUUUAGUGUUUACAUUGAGACAUUGAUUCCUCACCAUGUCGUCACCAGAUGAACGGGAAAGUUAUAAAUUGGAACAAGAACAUCUAACGAAUGGUCACCGUGAUCAUGGAUGCUGUCCCGACGCCAUUUCUUCGGACACAUCCGGGUCCUCAACGGAAAGCGACAACCCCAAAAAAGAGUUGCACCAACGAGAAGUUUGGUCCCGGAAAAUCGACUUUCUCUUGGCUUGUGUUGGCUUUUCUGUCGGUCUUGGCAAUGUCUGGAGAUUUCCGUUUCUUUGCUAUAAAAACGGCGGCGGUGCGUUUUUGAUACCGUAUUUCAUAGCCGUUUUACUUGGAGGAAUACCAACGUUUUUCUUAGAAGUAAGCUUGGGCCAAUUUAUGUCUGAAGGAGGUGUAGGAUGUUGGAGAAUAGCUCCAUUAUUUCAAGGUAUUGGUUACGCAUGUGCCAUUAUCGUGUUUUUGCUGAACUGCGAGUACAACAUCAUCCUUACAUGGUCCCUGUACUAUCUCUUCUCGUCAUUCACUGCUGUCCUGCCUUGGUCACAUGGAAAUAACGAAUGGAACUCCCCCGAGUGUAGAAAACUGUAUGCGGAAAAACCAGUGAAUUCAACGACACUAAACCUAACAAGUGUCGGUACCACCGUUUCCACAUUUGUAACCAGUGUUGUAAACAACGCCUCCUUCCUUAUUGACAACAUAACUGAGGGGACUGCCAAACCACAGGCGUGCGACCCUGUUACAGAAUUUUGGGAGCGGAAAGUCCUGCAGCUCUCCGACGGGGUGGACCACCCUGGCAACAUCAAGUGGGACCUCGCCCUGUGCCUCUUACUAGCAUGGAUCAUCAUCUAUUUCUGCAUAUGGAAAGGCAUUAAAUCAUCCGGAAAGGUGAUGUACUUUACGGCCACCAGCCCAUACGUCCUCAUGUUCGUCUUGCUUAUCCGCGGUGUCACACUGGAUGGAGCAAUCGACGGCAUCCGCUACUACCUGAUUCCUGAUUGGCAGAGACUCCAGGACCCACAGGUUUGGGUUGAUGCCGGAACUCAGAUCUUCUUCAGCUACUCCAUCAGCCUGGGAACUCUCACAGCUCUAGGAAGUUACAACAGGUUCAACCAUAAAUCAUUUAGGGACAGCAUGGGUUUCGCAGCUGUCAAUAGUUUCACCAGCGUUCUAGCUGGACUUGUGAUAUUUUCUGUCCUCGGUUUUAUGGCUAAACAACAGGGCACCACUGUCGAUAAGGUGGCAGAAUCAGGACCCGGAUUAGCAUUCAUCGCCUAUCCCGAGGCUGUCAGACAGAUGCCAGUGGCGCCUCUUUGGGCUGUUCUCUUCUUUGCAAUGGUGUUGUUAUUGGGUCUAGAUAGUCAGUUUGUGGGUGUGGAGGGGUUUGUGACUGCCGUAGUUGACGGCUAUCCACAACACCUUAGAGUCGGCCGAAGGAGAGAAAUAUUCAUUGCCAUUGUGUGCGUUAUAUGUUUCCUGAUUGGCUUGUCCAUGGUGACAGAGGGCGGAAUGUAUGUAUUUCAGUUAUUCGACUACUACUCUGCCAGCCGAAUUGUUCUCGUUGUUGCCUUCUUCGAGUGCAUCGUGGUAGCUUACAUCUACGGUAUUGAUCGCUUCUAUGACAACUUAGAGAUGAUGUUCGGGUUCAAAUUUCCUAACUGGACCAAAGUUGUUUGGAUGUUCAUUACACCAACGUUCACGAUGAGUAUCUUCAUCAUGGGAGCCAUCAGUUACUCAGAGUUGGACUACAAGAGGAAGCUGGUAACAUACAACUAUCCGUCAUGGGCAAUCGGUGUCGGAUGGACGCUUGCUAUGAUAUCUGUUAUCUGGAUUCCAAUCAUAAUGAUUAAGCGUCUUUAUGAUGCCGAGGGCACGUUACAGGAGCGAUUCAUUGCAUGUACUACACCACAGCUGAAAGAAAAUCAGAUAAGGAAAGGAGAAGACCUCAGUAAAAUCAAGAUCAUUUCCAAUCACUAUAUCAAAGAAAACGCCUCACAACAGGACAAUCUCUUGCCUACAUAUGCCUCUUGUAGUGGAAGUGUAAAUUUUGAUAAAUCGCCAACGAAGCUAUAGAAGAGACAAAACGACCCCCAAUGUCACAAGGGGUCGCUUUGUCAUGAAGAUAUCAAUCUCAAAUUAUAUAGUUCUCUGUCAAAUCUAAUUUUGAAAAUAGAUCAGGUCUAGUUAUAAAUGUGCUGAUAAUAUGAUGUGUAGCUGCAAUUACCAUACAAAGUAUAAUCAAGAAAUACCCAUCACAUCCAUUUUUCACAGAGGAGGACAUUCCAACCCAGUAUGUGAAUUACAGCCAGUUCAGAAUUAUCUUCGCGCAUGUACAGAGGAUAACAACACUCUCUCAUUGAAAUAUCCCAUUGAGUGUAAUAUCCAACGUAGGUGUUGAGAACAAUUCGUAUACAAAUGUAGUAUUUCCUCUUCCAAAAAUACCGAAACAAAUGUAAACAUUCGAGUAACCUUGCAUAGUGUUGUAGUUUUUAUAAUGCUAUUAUCUGGCGAUAUCUUUAUAAAUGAAUACUUAAGUCGCGUUCGAAUAUAUUAUUUGUAGUAAGAGUAUUUUUAUACAUCCAUAAGUCAAAAAUCACAUGUGUUUCUCUACUCUGUUUUUAUUGAUGGGAUGGUCUCUCUAUACGUCGUCCAUAAUACACCUUUUGUUAUGCAUGUGUAAAAAUAGCUACAAUGCUAGUACGUUACCACCGGAUGUGAGUUCUGGUAGGGGAGGUAACUCGCAUGUGAUUAAUGGAUUGACACGGUUGUCAUUUCAUUUAUUUAAGAAUCAUUAAUAUGUGGGUAAUAAACUAAAGGAAUGUUCACAGUUAGUUGUCUAGUUACCGCAAUGCUAAAUAACGCCACUGUAGAACACAAUGUAGCGAAUAUGUGAUUGUUGUCAACAUAUGAUUUUAUUCCAGGUGUCUGAGAACAAAUACUUAGUCGUUUUAGUUUUGUUUUUAAUUUAGUGUAGCGGAUAUAUAAUAAAAUGUUGUUGGAGGUUUUUUCCUCAUAUUCCUCUACCAAAUAUUCUAAUGUGUUUAUUAUUGUAUGUUUCCUAUGAAGUGUGCUAUCGUAACCAGAGGGACAUUAUUAUUUGUAAACUACGAAACAGUAUUGAAGAAAAGACAAUCAAAACUAAGGUUUUAUACGUAUACAUUCAAUUCCAAGAACACUUUCUAAAACCUUAGGGCUCUGUUCUUCGUUUUUAGUUCGUGUUUGGUGGUAACAAAUUAUAAGAAUAUGACAAAUAAUUAACAACGAAGAAAAUGAUAUUGAAACAAAUGCAUUAAUAUGAUAUCCAAAGAUUGUUUAAGAAUGUAUUACAAUAAAUGAUUUAUUGUGUCUAUCGCUAAAUAUUACAGCUUACUAUCGGAACCUCAUCUGACCUUAGCCUAACAGGUUUUGAUUGUUGCAGUAUUUAUAUGAGAUCUAAAAUGUUACGACAGCUUUAGGUAUCGUUAGUUGCCAGAUUGUUUUUUUAUUUAGUGUAUAUUGAUACGUCUGUGGUUGUUAAUCCUCAGUGCAUCAUAUGUACUAUAUGCAAACCAGGGUGUUUAAUACAUUUGUAUAUAAUUGUAAGUGUAAUGUUCUGAUCGGUGGUGAUGUCAUGGAAACUUUUGAUACAGCUAAAUAUAUCAACAUUCAUUUACACUAGGAUACAUGCAAAAUUUAGUACGUGUAUACAGAUUAACAUUUACAAACAUUAUUUACACAUUGCUCGGUCCAAAGUAGUAUUUGUAUAUGUAAAAUGGUGUACAAAGUCGAACAUAUAUAAUUAAGUUACAAUUGAAACACGUACAACAUAAUGUAACCAAGUUUAACAGACAUACUAUGGUAAUCACGCAACACAUUCAACAUACAUGGUAAAUCGAAGAGGUGUAUACACAAAUAGAUAACCCAACUGUAUUUCGUUUCGCUAUUGAUUUUACCGUUGUGGUCAUUGUCAUUAAAGAAAUACCGUAUGACAUGUUGAGAAAAUCAGCCUUUUUAUUUUAUUACCCUGUGUGUUGCGUUCUAGUAUACACAAUGGGUACGCUAUUCUAGACCAUUGGUUAGUGUACAUAGCCUUUUUGUGUUUUAUGAACAGAUAUAAUGUUGAUAAAAUUGUGUUUUUAUGAUGUCAAAAGAACUAGCUUUAUGUGGUACAACAGUUUUAUUUUCUAUGUUCAGUCUGACGGGAACAACAUUAAACAUGUAUAUUAAGACAGGUGGAUAAAGCAUCUUCACCUUUUUUAAAGACAAUGUUCUAGUUUUUUCGUUUCAUUUUUAAUUUCCACUAAUGCGAAGAAAGAUAAAUCAUAUUGAUAUCUGAUUUGGUAUAAAAGAUUUACAAUGUAUCAUCAACUGACAAAUUGAUUAAAAUUCUUUAUAUAUAACAUGGUUAUACAAGCACAGAAACGUUGAUAGCACAUUUGAAUAUGUUGAAACAACCUUUUGUCCAACUAUCACUGUCGAAUUAAUGAAACGGCGAGUGAUCGACUGGUCACCCUUUAACCUAGCAAUGCAAGUCACUAUAUCCAGGUCGCUAUAUCAUUCAAAAACUGAAAAAUCAUGCCUCUCAUUACAAAAUAUUCACAUUUUGUCAACAAUCAAAAUGGGUUAUCGACAUUGUCUUGCCAUUUUGUACAAAGAAGUCAUCAAAAGCUUUAUCAAGAGAAUUCCAAUCUUUGUAAUAUUUUCAAUGUUUCCUCGCUGAAAUAGUUGUUUAUCCUCGUUUUUGAUAUUCUUUUGGUCAUUUCAUGAAAUAUCUUGGUUUCAUGAUUUUUUUUCACAAAUAGAGCUAUCAAAUGCAAGAACAAUAGAAAAAAAAACCGAUAAAAAAAUAUUUUAAAAAAUAUAAGAAAUAUUGUUUGAAAUCAUCGUGCUUUUUUUAAUAGGAAAGGUUGUUUAAGGCAUUUAUUAUUUGUAUACUAUUCCAACUAUAGCAUAUUACGCUUCCAAAUGAAAUGAAAAACAAAUAUGAAAAUUUUGGCAAGUAAUUAAUUAAAACACAAGCGUAUUACACGACUGGUUUUGAUUGUACUUAAAGAUAAGUUUAUAUUGAUUUGUAAUUUGGGGCGGAUAUGGAAGAUACAAUUAGUUUCUUUAGUCUAUUGUGUUAUUUUACAACUUGUCAAUGUUUAAUUUGUUUUCAACCUUUCAACAAAUAAAACAUCAUGAUGAUCAGAAAGUUA